CAGUAUCGCCAAGCGGUCCUACACACAAAGGAUAACCUAUGGCAAUAGUAGCACGCUGGUGUGCGAUGCAACCGGCGACACCCCCAUGAACUUGGUCUGGUGGAAGGGUAACCACAAGCUGACGCAAGGCACCGGGCCGCACCUGUCGCUGGUGCUGCAAGGAGUGGAGGCGGAUGUUGGUCUAUACACAUGUACAGCCAGCAACAAAGCUGGCAGUGACUCCAUGACAGUGGGCAUUACAAUGGAAGUUCAAGAAAAUGGAAACACAGAGUCUUCUGGUUCAAACCUCUCCAAUUCAAUGCUGUGGGCCAUCGUUGCCAUAGCGUUAGUGGCAUUUCUAACGAUUGCAGCCAUAUAUGGUUUCGUGCUGCCACGAGUAAAAAAAGACGGCGAGUUUCCGGAGAAGGCAGAGAAGGUAACAAGGGCAAGUCGUCCGUCUUCAUUGGAGAUAAGGCACCGGCCGCCUUCUUUUUCCCGCAGGCCAGGCAUUUCCAGCUUCCGUCCCUUAGAAAGUAGCCAGUUGGGACUCAUCGACGAGGACCCCGGUCAAGUUUGCCGAGGCCACCGAGCACAAUACCGAGCACCCUUGUCUGUCAGCACCACGACAUUAAUCGAAACACCAUCUCCAUCACAGCGGCCAACUUUGGCCAAAAAGGUCUCGUUUCCAGACUUGCCAGAGUUAGAAUCACCGUAAAAGUCAACAGGAACACGACCGUCAGCUCCACAUGAAACAACGCAAGCACCGCUAGCAUCACCAGCAUUUCCCAAAUCAUCGCCAAAAAGGGAAGUACACCGUACACAUAACACAGAAAAUUAUACCCUCCUUACCGGAACAUUUGGCUUCGUCGCAGCAGAUACGGGUGUGAUCUCCGCGAUCAUCACCAUCAUCAAAGGCUGCGAUGGUCUAUGCCCUGCAGCCACCAUUAUUACUUCCUCGGCACGCUUUCAGUUAUUGGCCUCAAUUUCAAGUUUCCCCCUGCACAGCACACAUUUUACUGCGAUGACCUCCUCUAUCAUAUAAACCUUUUUUUCUUUUUUCUUUUUUUCCAAAUCUUAAUGUUCGCAAAGACUACCUAAAUGCCAAACAUGAGAUGCAGCCGGGGGAAGCACGCACAACCUGAAUCGUGGCAGUGGUGGUGAGGUUUAGGGAGCUCCGCCGACCUAGGAUCUCGACUUCAUGCCCACCUAGACGCACCCUAAGGCGUAACGACUGUAAAACUAAAAUGCCACAGCUCUUCAGCCCCAGUCCAAGCUUUUCUCUAUAACUAUGAUCCGUUCAUAUUGGUUUGCUCUCCUGUAACAGGCUAUCGGCUUGCCCCGGCGCAUAUCGAGACCUCCGCCUAUCGUAAAAAGCCGUACAACUGAAUGUCUUUCCGGAGCACAGUAUUAUCACUUUCUGUUCUGGAGGCUUUCGGUGCCUGUUCUUCAUCUUCCAAAACUAGGCGAAUAGUCAAAGUAUUAUGAUAUGGCCACGGUGUACGUGCUGACUCGGCCAGCCAAUGGCAAACCUUUUUAUU